AUGCGCGAGGGCUGCAGGUACGGGAGGGCGGCCGAGGCUGGGCGCCCAGGCCUUGCGCUGCACCAGAUCUGGGCGCGCAGAGGCGGCGCCGCGGCGUGGCCCUCCUGUGGAGCGCGGAGAAGGCGGCUUCGGCGAAGAGGGACCAAGUGGCCGGUCCAGGGGCCUGGGAGAGAGUACCAAGGAAAGACGUUCUGGGGCCAGGUCAUCGCCUCGGCGGUGGCCACUGCCUCACCUUCCCUGCGUUUCUUUGACUUAAUUUCAUCCCGAGCCCCACUCCCGGGGCUGCCUACGCCGGGCCCAGGCGCCCUCCCAGCUCUGCCUUGGUCCUCGCCUGGGUCCCGGGAGUCGACCCAGCCCGGGUUGGUCCCGGGUUGGAGGGCACGGCCCAGGAAAGGGCCAGGCAGUGCCCGGGCACCUGGGAGGGACGAUCCUGAUCAGAUCGCGCCCCACUCCGUCUUGGAGUGGAAGCCACCUGGUCUGUCCCUCAACCCUUCGAGACACCCCUUUCCCCGGUGGGCCUACUCGAGCCGCCGCUUCUGCGCACGCACCCGGGAAAAAGCCACCGGCGGAGCCGCCUCCGCGCCCCGAACAGGUCGGAACCGCGGCUCCCGCCCAGUGAGGGCGCGGGAGGUCCCGCCACCGUCCCUCACCUGCCGGGAAAUCCGAGCUGUGCCUUCAGCCACUGCGGCUGCCGGAGCUCGCUCCUGUCCGCCCGCCAGCCCGGCUCGACUCCGCACGCCCCCCGCCUGGCUCCCGCCCGCCCGCCCGCGGGAGUCACCUCUCCCGCGCCCCCGCCCCUCUCGAGCUCGCUCCCGCCCCCUCCCCCCCGCGCCUCCUCUGCCCGCCCUCCUCCCCCUCCCCCUUCCCUCCUGCCCUCCCUUCAUUCCACAAGUGUCGCUUCGCUCUCUCCCGCGCACUUGGCGAGCUGGAGAGGUGAGCAGGGAGCCUGCGAGCGGGCGCGGGGCGGCGAGUCCCGAGCCGCCGGCCGAGGGGAGGCGCGCACCGCCCGACUCGCCCUUGCUCUCCGGCCCCCGCCUCCCCCCGGGAGCCAGCCGGACCUGCACCCCGCGCUGGCCCCCGUUCCUCCUCCCCCCGCCCGGCCCGGCGCGCUCCUCCCCGGCCGGCCCCUCGGCGCGCGGCGCGCUGGAGGCGAACGCGGGCUGA